AUGAAGGUCCUCACAGUCAACUUUCUCACCUGCGCGGUGAAAACCUGCAAGACCUCGCCCGAAGCGUUCCCGCUGCACUUUCGCGACGCGGAGCUCGCGCAGCAAGAUCUCGAAUUCAACCCCGAAUUCAUCAAAAACAUGCUGCUGCGAUUAGACUGGAACGCUUUCCGCGUGACUACUUCAGAGCUCGGAUUCUCUACGAUCCCCGCCGAGAAACCCGAAGGCGACGCGCUCAACGACGAGACCCUGCUGCGCGACCUGCACAAGGUGCUGCUCGAAACGCAAGUCAUGGAAGGGAAACUCGUGUGCGGCCACUGUGCGCAUGAAUACGCUAUCAAGGAAGGCAUUGCCAAUUUCUUGUUGCCGAACCACUUGGUAUGA